AUGGAAAAGCAUGAACAGUACACAUUUUACUUCGGACGAGAAAGAUUGAAGAAACCUGAAAGAAAAAGAAAAGGGCAAAGGGAUAAUGAAGAGGAUGCAAAAGAGAACCAGAAGAGAUGGCUUACAUAUGUCUGCAGAAUGAAAGGGGAAAGAUUGCAAAAAGCAGCCUUAAAGUAUAAGCUCACAUGGGAAAAAGAUGCUGUGCAUUAUGCUGUGAGAGUGGCUGGAGUGAGUAAAAGUGGUCCUCUCCGUGGCAUAAUGGUCCACGGGGUGCUGGCAGAUGCUCUUUGGGCAAUUGUGCGGAUUUACUCCAAGACAAAUGGUUAA